AAAAUCAUCCCUAAUUUCAGUUCGUCGCAGUAUUUGUUAGCAGAAAAAAAGAGCAGGCGCACACAGCGAAAGAAAAAACGAGAAAGGAAAAGCAAGAACUUUGCAAAAAUUAUUUAUUUUAAAUAGUGAAUUAACAGCUAAAUAAUGAGCACCGGCGGUAGUGGCGGUGGUGCGGGUGGAGGAGCUCGUCCGCCCCCAAGAAUUGACGGAAUGGUGUCGCUAAAGGUCGACAAUCUCACAUAUCGAACCACGCCCGAGGAUUUACGUCGAGUCUUUGAGCGUUGUGGCGAAGUUGGCGAUAUUUACAUACCGCGUGAUCGGUAUACACGUGAAAGUCGUGGCUUCGCUUUUGUCCGUUUCUACGACAAACGCGACGCUGAGGAUGCACUGGAAGCCAUGGACGGUCGCAUGUUGGAUGGAAGGGAGUUGCGGGUACAAAUGGCCCGUUACGGUCGUCCGUCGUCGCCGACGCGCCGCAACAGCAGCCAGUCGUCGGGGCGCCGGUCUAGGUGGUGGGGUGGUGCGGGGGGUGGAGGUGGGGGAGGACGUCGCCGAUCGCGUUCGCCGAUGCGUCGUCGUUCCCGAAGUCCGCGUCGUCGCUCCUCGUAUUCACCGCGUUCUCGUUCCCGUUCCGCUGGAAGUCGCUCUCCUGUGCGUCGCAGCAAGUUCUCUCGCAGUCCCGUUAGAGGCGACAGUCGCAAUGGCAUCGGCAGCGGAUUGGCAGGAGGAGGCGGCGCUUCUCGUAGUCGCAGUCGUUCUUAAGAGCCGAAGAGGCUUCAUACGUUCCAUUUUCAUACGUACGAUGAGCCUUUAGUGAGUUGUGGACAAGGCCAAUUCUAUAAGGGAAAUUCUUUAAGCGGGCUGCAAAUGAUGCAAAUCUCAUGCUGUGUACCAGAACAGCAGGUAUACAAAAUACACAGUCUUACACCUACUACUAUAUAUAUACUUAUAAACUGAAUACUUAUAGUACACUAUUUUAAGUUAAAGAAAACAAAGAAAUCAACAAAAAAAAAAAGAACAAAAAAAAAAAUUAAAAGAGAAGAAUUAAGAAUAGAUAAGCCCGCAUUUCCCACUUUGUUUUUAGUUUGUUUUCUUAAUUUCAUUUCGAUGUCUUCUCAACAAAAGAACAGCCAGAAAAGAGGAAGGAAGAAAAAAAGGGGUUUUUAGGGUUCUAUAAUAGCAUUUAAUUUGGGCGCCUUUAUCAAUUUGUGUAGCACUUGAAAAUAAAACUCUAAAUGAAAUC